UGUAACCAAGACCGAGUAAGUAUAUCAUACCGAGAAAUAACCUUUUAAAAAUAGUGUGCAUCAGACCCUUUCGUGUAUGCUGUUCCGUAUUUGAAAACAGGAUAUCAGUGGUGACACAUUUGAACGACAUGAACCACUUGUCCGAAUAUAAAGUCCAAGGUACAACUUUACUUACAGUUUGUAUCGUGAUGAUGUAUUUACUCGCAACAAUGAGUCCUGUCGGAUGGUCCCGAUACCAUAAGAACCUCUAUCAACCGUCCUUUCUGGUGAAGUCAAGUCCUGAAAUGGUACAUGUUCUAUACUAUAACCAGCCUGAAUGGGUGAGUGGGAAGGAGUUCAACGGUUGUCAAUACCCAUGUAAAAUGAUCCCGCGAUCAACAAAUUUUUCCUCUGCAAAGUUUGUUAUUUUCCACGGACCACGACUAAAUUCUAGAAAACCACCAAAGAAGUCAUCUGGUCAGGUUUGGAUUAUGCAUGGUAUGGAGUCCCCGCCUCACUAUUGGAACGACUUGUCACAAUGGAAUCAUUUGUUUAAUUGGACAUUUACGUAUAGAAGAGAUUCCGAUGUUUUAUCACCUUAUUCAGGAUUUCAACAUACUCCACGAGAUAUAACACCAUCUGUCGAGUGGAAAACAAAAGACAGAUCAUCAGCCUGGAUGGUUUCUCACUGUAGAACCCCAGGAAAACGAGAACAAUACGUAAAAGGUCUCCGGAAAUCUGCUGAUGUUCACGUGUACGGCAACUGUGGAACAUAUAGAUGUUCACGCGCCAAAGAAAGUGGUUGUAUGGAAAUCAUCCGAAAGCAUUAUCGGUAUUAUUUGGCAUUUGAAAAUUCUUUGUGUGUAGAUUAUGUAACAGAAAAAGGGUUUAAAACAUACACUUUUUCUCCAUCAACAAUCUCAGUGAUGAGAGGUGGAUCAAAUUAUUCCCUCUUCUUUCCACCCAGUUCAUACAUUGAUACAAAAGACUUUGAAAGCGCCUUUACAUUAGGAAAAACUAUCAGUAUGAAUGCAAGUGUAAUGGAAAAUACGAAAAUUGAACAGUUUUUCUCAUGGACAAAAUCUCAUUCCAUAACCCCAAACACGAUGGACCACAAGAAAUGGUGCGAUUUAUGUGAACGUAUUCAUCAUGCUGAGAGUCACAAACGUUUGUAUUCAAAUAUCAAAAACUGGUUAAAUGACAAUCUAAGACCGGGAUGUAAAUCUCCAAGCGAUUUGAGGUAACUGAUUUAUUUUGUUUUAUAUCCAUGUUAAAAGGAUUCAGUUUCCGUCACCAAAAUAUUUGAAGGGCAUAUGUUGCUAACAUUAUAUUUACAUUCUAUCCUAUUUACACUCCAAAUAUAGUAUAGGCUGCUAAGAUGGCACUUUAACUAAAAAAAACAACAUGAAAUUUUCUCAUUCAGAUUUUAAAAAUUGAUUAAGCGAAAUUUAGUUGCUUAAUAAGUGGCCUCAAGCGCUGAACUAAAUUAGCGAGGUUUAACCUAAUAUGGUUACAAAAUGUACAAGAGAUACCGUUUGCGAAUUGGCGACAUAUAUCUCAAAUUUUUACUUUACGAAAAAUGCUACGAUUUCAAACAGGCUCGUGAACAUUAUUAAAUGUAUUCUCUUUGAAACAUAUGCUGGAUAAAAAAUCUGUAUUAAUUACAUUCAUUUUUAAUGAACAGAACUUCGUUUGAUUUAGUAAUUGGAUUACACAAUACAUAUUGUAUUUGCAAUAUCAAUCAAUGCCUUAAUGGAAAUAAUGGAGAAGUCAGGCAACUAUAUGUGUACGUGUGGAAAGGGGAUAUACGUAAUUGUGUGGGUGUGAGGCCAUUGAUUCAUGCUUUCUCUCUAGACGAUUAUGUUUAUUAUCUACACUCGUUACACUGCUACCUGUUGUCCUCGGCGAUAUAGCAAGGAAGGUGGUAGAAUCAAAAUGUGAUGAAAUAUAAUAAAAAAAAUUUAUUCUGAA